CUCACAGGCUUCUGUAUUUGAGCAACUUUCAGUCCAAGUCUAACCUUUCACACUGGCUGCAAACACGCAUUGCAGCUGGUGCCCCCUCCCCUAAUGCCAGCCUACUUCUUCCACAUUACCUUUGAGCUCUACCCAUUGCGCUCCUCACCGACGACGACCUUCACGCCGCCUCCGCAAACUGAUAUCUUCCAGUCAGAGCUGCCCGACCACCACACUGUUUCCUGGGCCUCUUUCGCCCCGCCAACGAGCACCUUCUCGGCCAUAAAGUCUGCUGCCUCAAGUAGCGACGUUGGCCAUCUCCCAAGCCCCCGCGAACGGCCACCAGCAGCGAGACGCUUCAGUCAGCGCACGCGAGCUUCAUUCUCAGAGCACCACGACAGCCCAGUGCCUGUGAACAAGCCGGAGACGAGACCUACGCACAGGAGGACUAAGAGCUUUGCGCCUAAGGACUGGAGGUUCGACACCGUCUCCAUCCAGAGCAUCGACAUGAACCCGGACGUAGGCGACGAUCUCAACAGGCCGCGAGCGAAGAGCCUCAAGCAACCGUCCCAUGCGUCGAAUUCGGGGGGUCUGGCGACUAAGGGGAAGUUUAUGCCGUCGGACCUGAAGGAUACGGAGGUUGGGUGGGGCGUUGUGCAUCUGUAUCGCGAUGGCCAAGAAACACCAGGGUUGUAUGAUGAUGUGGGAGUGGUGGGAAGUGCUAGCCAGGACUUCAACGAGGAGGAUUGCACGACGCUGUGUAUCCUGGCGGUGCCUUCGUAUAUGACGCCGUCGGAUUUCUUAGGGUUUGUGGGUGAGCGCACGAGGGAGGAUGUUAGCCAUUUCAGACUUAUUCGGACGAGCCGCGCGAACAAGUACAUGGUGUUGAUGAAAUUUAGGGACGCGAAGAGAGCGAGGGAUUGGAGAAAGCAGUGGAAUGGGAAGGCCUUUAAUAGCAUGGAACCUGAGUACUGCCAUGUCGUCUUCGUCAAAUCCAUAAGCUUCCAAACCGCAGACUCCAACCACGACCCUUCCAGCUAUCCGGACCUCACAAACGACCCCUUCACCCCAGCUCCAACAAAGCAACCCACUGCCCCCCUCCCCUCCAGCGUCUCCUCGCCCGUAGACCCUCCCUCCCUUGCACCUUCCACCCUCACGGCCAAACCCCUUGCACCCCCAACCCCCUCCCUAGUCGAACUCCCCACCUGCCCCGUAUGUCUCGAGCGCAUGGACGAAACAACCGGGCUCCUCACAAUCCUAUGCCAACAUGUCUUCCACUGCGCCUGUCUAGAAAAAUGGCGCGGCAGCGGAUGUCCCGUAUGCCGGUACACGCAAAACGACUCGCUCAUCCUCCGCGGCGGUAGCCUCGAUGGCGAUGCGCCCGAAAACGAAUGCUCCGUUUGCGGCUCCACAGCCAACCUCUGGAUCUGUCUGAUCUGCGGAAACAUCGGUUGUGGGCGCUAUGACUCCGCGCACGCUUUCGCGCACUAUGAAGCUACGUCCCAUACCUACGCUAUGGACGUCGUCACCCAACAUGUCUGGGACUACGCGGGCGAUGGUUAUGUCCACCGGCUUAUCCAGAACAAAGCCGAUGGGAAACUCGUGGAUCUACCAGCUAGCACCCAGAUGCAUCCCCAUCCGAAUUCUAUGACAGGCUACGCAUCCGACUCCGUCCCGCGCGAGAAACUCGACAACAUGGGCAUAGAAUACACAUACCUCCUAACCUCGCAACUCGAAUCCCAACGCGCAUACUUUGAAGAACAAGUCGAGCGCGCAGCAGACAAAGCCGCGAAAGCCGCUUCCCACGCUGAUGAAGCCGCGCGCUCUGUCACCUUGCUGUCACAGGAACUGUCGAGUUUGCAAGCCCAGUACGACGAAGCACAAGCGGCGAUCAAGGCGCUGGAAAAGGACGUUGGGAGACAAGCGAACCGUGCUACGCACGCGAGUGAACUAGCCAGGAAAUUGACGAAGCAGUAUCAAGAGGAGCAGACGAUGAACGAAGCGUUGAUGACAAGAAUCACGUUUUUGGAAAAGAAGGCGGAAGAUGCGGAAAGCAAGCUGAAGGAGGCGGAGAAGCAGAAAGUGGAGCUUGAGGAACAAAAUCGGGACUUGAGUUUUUUUAUUAGCGGGCAGGAGAAGCUGAGGGAGAUGCAGGGGAAUGAGAUCAUGGGGUUACAGGAGGGGGAGGUAGAGAGUGGGUAUGUGGAGGUGGGGAAAGAAGAGAAAAAGGGGAGGAGGAAGGGGAAGGGGAAGAAGUUGUAG